AACAUGAAGGAGGAUGUGGAGGAGAGAGGACACUGGGGCAGUAAGGUGGAGUUUCUACUGGCCGUGGCGGGAAAUGUUGUCGGCCUGGGCAACGUAUGGAGGUUUCCUUACCUCUGCUACAAAAACGGAGGGGGUGCAUUCCUGGUGCCGUAUGUGGUAUUCGUGGUGACAUGUGGUGUACCCCUGUUCCUGCUGGAGACCACUAUAGGCCAGUACACCCAGGAGGGCAGCGUAACCUGCUGGAGGAAGCUAUGCCCACUGGCAGAAGGUAUCGGAUAUGGUGGACUGCUGAUUCUCCUCUACAGCUGUAUGACCUACAUCAUCAUUCUUGCCUGGGCUUUGCUCUACCUGGUGUUCUCCUUCAGCUCCCAGCUGCCCUGGUCCAGCUGCAGCAACGACUGGAACACAGAUGACUGUGUAGACUUCUCAACAAGAAAUAACACCAUUCAAUUGACCAAUCAGACGAACUCAUCCUCUGCUGCCACAGAGUUCUGGGAACGACGAGUGCUGGCUAUUUCAGGGGGGAUUGAGGAGGUAGGCAGCAUCAGGUGGGAGGUGCUGUUGUGUCUUAUUGCCACGUGGGUCACCUGCUACUUUUGCAUCUGGAAAGGAGUCCGAUCUACAGGCAAGGUGGUGUAUUUCACUGCUACCUUCCCCUAUGUGAUGUUAUUGAUUCUUCUGAUCCGUGGACUCUCUCUUCCUGGUGCUCUACAAGGAGUGUUGUUUUAUCUGCUGCCUGAACCCUCACGACUCACAGACCCUCAGGUGUGGAUGGAGGCUGGGGCUCAGAUCUUCUUCUCGUACAGUGUGGGUGUGGGCUCUUUAACAGUGCUCGGCAGCUACAACACCUACAACAACAACUGCUAUAAAGACUGCCUGUGGCUGUGUUUGCUGAACAGUGCUACCAGUGUGGUGGCUGGGUUCGCGGUCUUCUCUGUGCUGGGGUUCAUGGCUCAUGAGCAAGGCAUUCCCAUUUCAGAAGUGGCCGAGUCAGGUCCAGGACUGGCAUUCAUUGCUUACCCUCAGGCUGUAGCCAUGAUGCCUCUGCCUCAGCUGUGGUCCAUCUGUUUCUUUAUUAUGCUCCUUCUCUUGGGUCUGGACACACAAUUUGUCGCCAUGGAGGUAGUGAUGACAUCCAUCAUAGACAUGUUUCCUGUUGUAAUGCGCAAAGCAGGCCGACGGGAACGUUUCCUCCUUCUCUUCUGCCUCACGUGCUUCUUUUGUCAGCUCAUCAUGAUCACUGAGGGAGGGAUGUAUGUGUUCCAACUGUUUGACUACUACGCUUGUAACGGAGCCUGCAUCCUCUUUCUCUGUGUGUUUGAAACCCUGGCACUGGGAUGGGUAUUUGGGGUCGAGCAGUUGUAUGACAUCAUAGAGGAUAUGACGGGUGUGCGUGCCAAUAUAUUCUUUAAAAUCUGCUGGCUCUAUCUCACACCGCUGGUCUCACUGGGCUCUUUUAUAUGUUCUUUGGUGGAGUACCAGCCUCUGACCUUCAAUCGCUGGUAUGUGUACCCAUUCUGGGCAUAUGUGGUGGGCUGGGUAAUGUCCCUGUCCUCCAUCUUGCUUGUGCCAGGUUGGGCAUUAUAUAAGCUGGGAACUGGGACUGGAACCCUCAGUCAGCGUUGCCUUCAGCUGUGCCAACCUGAGCCUGACUGCUCACUGACCAAAGGCAGAGAGGAUGAGCUGCAGCACAUUGGAGGGGAAGAAGUGCAGAAGUUAGCUGGCUGA